AUGAUUGAAUUGACCUUUCGUGGUUCACUUUCAAUUUUACAGCUGACGGUUAAGGCAUUCCGGAAAAUUUUCCAUAGUUUUUAUGCUAUCAAUCGAUUAGGAGCACAGUGUAUUAUUCAGGUUGUUCACAUGGAUAAUUUAUACCCAAACCUUCUGGGUCAAAGGUGGAGCGGUUGUGUUGAUGUAGUAUUUACGUUAUUGCAUAAGUCAGGGAGGUCAUGGCUUUUGUUGGCAUGGUAUAGAGUAAAGGAUUCUCUUUACAGGAACAUUUGUGGUGGUGGUGGUGGCGGCGUUGGAGAUGUAGAAUACGCCCUCAUCACGUGCACAUCGCGCAGCGCACUUUACAUCAACGCGCAUAGCGGUUCUGCUUCACUGAUGCAGCAGUGGUAA